GGGGAUAUUUUAUUGUUGGUUUUUGUUUUCUUUCCUACGUUUUCCGCGGGUAGUCUUCCGGCCUACACGCCUGCACGCGAGUCGUACGGCCGUACGACUCGCGCACUCGCGGAAAAACGCGUAGGCACCCCGCGCCUCGCGGCGGGUGGGUGAAAGCGUUUUCGACCGCGCCAAUUGCGCCAUUGACAACGAACGGGGGGGAAAAAAAAAAAACCCCCAAACGAAAUGCUACGCCGUUGUGAUAUUUCGCGUUAUUCGUUUUAUCGCCGCGGCGCCGUCGUUCGCGAACGCGCGGCACGAAACGAAUACUAAUCGCAGUGUUUCACGCGAUUUAGUGUGCCCGACAAUCGGCGUUUUUUCUGUAACGCGGGAGCGGCGCGUUUUGUGUUCGCGUUCGGAAACGGGAGCGUCGCGCGCGCGCGUAGCACGGGUCGCGUACGCGCUCCGACGUGGGAGACCGCUCGCCCCGGUAAUUGCACACCUAUUGCAUACGUACGGUUUUCUCUGUCUCUCUCAUUCUCUCUCUCUCUGUCAACCGCGCGUAUUCGCAACGGAAAACCGAAACGCGUCCGUCGAUUACAACGGGUACGCACUUAUUCUGCGGUGCCCAGUUAUUACAUUGUCUGCGCGCGCGAAAACCUACGCGUCAGACCUCUCCGGUUUUCGGCAGUCGCCGCGGAAAGUUCGGUUUUUUCGCAAACGCGCCCGCGUACGGGCGGUUGGACGAUAACGUUGACGGGAACGGUAAAGAACCGGUCCGUUGGAUUUAACUGCGUUUUCGAGCAGGAGCAAAAAUCAAAACGGACGUUAUUGCUCGCGUGACACCGUUGGCGGUUUCGCACACGAAUCCCCCGGAGGAGAGCCAAUCGUUGAUGAUCAUAAACAACGAGCAGGGGAAUAAAGAUUGUAAAUUUUAAACCGUUUUCCAAAAAAUUGCUGUUUUCGGGGCUUAUACGCGUAAAAACGUCGACGUACUACUAAGUAAGACGGCGGGUAAGUUUUGGUUUUGCCGACGGAAUGAACGCUCCGGAGAAAACGUUAAAUAAUUAUCGGUUUUUAUUAUUAUUAUUGUUAUUAUUAAAAACCCGGGAAAAAUUACUUCUAGUUUCAAUACACGUAAUAUAGAACGGUUUUUUUUUUUUUUUUUCAAAAUUAAAUCCUCAUUUUAAACGGUUUAAAUAUUUCUUUAAGAACGAAAUUUUUCUACGGACUCCGUACAGGUAAUUCGCUCCUAAUCGUACACACGCGAAAACAUACAUGUUUACAAAAAAAAAAAAAAAAAACAAAUUCCGACACAAUUCAAAAUGUAAAACUACAGAAUUACGCGGCGGUCUCGCGAAAUACAACAACAAUUGUGUACCGUCGUGAUUUACGAGCGAUUCUCUGUGUGUUUUCAGCUGCGAUCGUUCUAUUAUAAGAGGUAGUACCUUUUUUUUUUUUUUUUAUCUGUUUUUUUUUUCCCGAUUUUUCGUUAUUUCCGCCGUAUUUGUUCAGUUGACGCGGCGAGAAAACGCGAACUUUUUCGCAUUUCACACGCAUAGGCGUACACACACGCACAAUAUAUUUCGUUUGCGCCGCCGCCGACGACAACGACGACACGGAUUGUACACGCCGCCGUUGCCGUCGUAAAUACACGGCGUUAAUAUUUUACGUUGUUUUAACGUUGGCGCGUACAUUUGUUUGUAAAUUCUUUUACUCGCCGCCCGCGAAUUCGGUUUCACGCGGAAUGUCGCGCCUCUACGUCGCCGUCGUCUGUUUGCUCCAUCACGCGGCCGCGACGUUCGACCCGCUACAUUUCGAAAAAAUGGCGCAGCUUCUGUUGUCCGAACGGUACCUGAACGAUUCGCCCACUUGUACGCUUUUGGUAAUUUUUUUUUUUUUUUUAAAUUUUUAAAUUUUUUUUUUUUUUUCAAAUUUUCCACCCCUAAAUGUUUACGGUUUGUAUUCGAUAAUUCACCCGUGAUUACCUGUUUAUAGGUCGCCGUCGUCGCCGUCGCGGGGAACGCUACACACAUCCGAACGAAAACAAAAUGUUACAAUCGAUCGGUUAUCAUUUAAUCGAAACUGUUAUUUCCAUGAAAAUCCCUAUGACGCACCUCUGCCUGCGUGUUACAUACACGCAAAUUGAGUCGAAGACGCGUUGGGCGUACAAACGCACCGCGUACAGAUGGCGUGGUUCGUUACUUUUUAACAUUGGGCCGACUCCGGGUUAUCGGAAUUGGCCCUGUGAACAUUGCCGGUCGUUUUGUCGUUCUUAAUCGAGACGCAUGCCCACGCAAGUGGGACGUUGACGAGAGUUCAGGGUGGGACGUCGUUUGGCGUUUUGCGAAAACGCCUCAGGAUCAGCUUACUAAUUAAAAUUCCGGGGGAAAAAAAAAAAAAAACGCACAAACGCCUUUAAUUUUGCGCAAAAUUGGUCAGUCCGUUCUAAUGUAUUAAAAUUAACAGCGAUUAAAACCGUCGGUUAUGCCGGACGUGGGCAAAUUUGUUGUGUCGCGCGUUAUUCACCGAGACGGAGACGGCGAAUUCCGAGUAUAAACGUCGCGGAUAAAACAUUUUCGGUAGAAAAGUUUAGAAAAAAAAAAAAAAAAAAAAAACAGAACCGUUUAUAGACAAAUAGAAAAGCACGACGAAUCACAGUCAACCCGCGCGGACUGAUCGGAUGGACGGUCAGAGUCUGGACAAAAAAAACGUAGGCAAUGAGUGUGCGAGGUCAAAUCGUUUAUUAAAACAGAAAUUGGACCGAAGUAACGGCCGGAAGUGCGUUUAUUCUACGCCGGAUCGCCCGUCUAAACGCACGAGAAAACGAAUCGCUUCCGACCGGGCGGACGGGGGGGGGCGGGAGCGGGGAGUGUUGACAAUUGACACGAAAAUGAUGUGGCGUUAUAAUGUAGAGACGUGUGCCGCCGUGCCCGUAGGCGUGUGUACAGCUACGCACAUUCGUAUUGGUGACCAAUAUUUCUCGGACGGAUUCGGAGCUACACCCGGUUAAACAAAUGUAAAUGUAUGUGGGUGCACAGUGAAUGCCGUAAUCGUUAAUUGAAUUGUCGACGCAUGGGGAAACGCUGCGGUUCUCGUGAAGACCGUUUGGUAGUUGCCGCGUAUGAAUUCAAACCGGUUAUCAUUUCGUCGUGCCGCGUUAAAUUUCACGUGAAUAUUACUGCGGCGGGCGCAAACGGCGAACAGUCGACCGCGCGACGGGAUUCGCGGACGCCUUGUAGACGCUUGUAAUGAACGACGUUUUGUAUUGCGCCGCGAAUUUUUUUCUUUUAUUAUUAUUCUAAAAUCGUACCGGCCGCGACGCCGCGACGGAGCGCGCGCGAAUUCAGCAAAACACGUAUUCGAAAAUAUCGCAACGCUAAUGCGAUGAUAAUAAUGUCGUUGUCGUUUGUUUAUGACUGCGCGGCGACCGCGUUCGGACUCGCGCGUAAUAUUUUGGCGCGCAACAACGACGUGAUUUUUACAUAAUCCUUGGACAUUCGUAGGUGUGUGAUCGCGCCCUGUUGAUAAGAUUUUCAUUCGCUUUUCGUUCGAAGUACCGCCGACGUCCACGGUCUUUGUGCCCGUUUCGCGUUCGUUCGUCCGCGUUCUAUCCGACGCGACCGCGACGUUUCACGGCGGUCCGCGUUCGUACUUGACUGCUGGGCACCGGCCGCCCGUUCGGCCGCAUUCGAAUUAUUAUUAUCAGUUUAUUACCGUCGCGGCCUUCGUUGCGGCAACAGAAAUAACCAUUUUUUUUUUUUUUUUGUCUACGUACAACGUACCUACCCACUUGAUUCUGCAAUUUCACCAACGCGCAAUCGUGUGGAGUUUACGUUUGUUCGGUACGUACGUGCUCUCACGGUCUGAUUUCCGUACGCGUCUAACGCCAAUCGAAUUACGUUGUACGUUGUUAUACAUCGUUUACCCAUUUCGAUUGACGUGGACAUUCCUCGGUAAGUGUCCAAAUGCCAUUAACGAUCGGAUUUCUUCAGCAGCCUCUCCCGGGACGCAUAUCUUGCACAAGAAUUUUCUUUGUUACCCUGUCAUAAUAAUCCACUUUGUUUGAACGUUUUCAGUGUGACUUAAACGAACCAGCAAUGGGCGAAGCUGGCGAAGAAGUUCAACUGUAUAUUUACGAUUUGACCGGCGGAAUGGCGCAGAUCUUGGGCCAGACGUUAUUGCGUAAGUAAUCGACUAUAGAGUAUUCAAUAGGUAAAUCAUACAUAUAUAUAUAUAUAGUAUAAUGUAUACAUUAUUCUUUUCAGAAAAACACAUCGAAGGUAUUUGGCAUACUGCAGUUGUGGUAUUCGGCAAAGAACAUUUUUACGGCUCCAACGGGAUUUCAGUGUGUAAACCAGUAAGUACUAAUAAGUUGUCGUGUAGGUACACGUUGAUAAUGUUUUGUUUUUUUUUUCAAGUAUUGAGUUUAUCAUAACGUAUAUGUAUUUAUUUUAUUGAACCGUUCAUUUUAAACACUUAUGUGUACCUACCUAUUGUAUGUUAAUACGUCAUUGUAUCUAUUUAUGCAAACAGCAACUUUUUUAGGAUCCGUAGUAAUUCGUUGGCAUUACAUUUAAAACUUAAAUCAUUUAAAGCACCAUUAUAAUCAAUUGGUGUCAACAAAGUUUAAAUUAAUAUUUAUUUUUUUAUUAUUGUUAUAAUAUUUCAGAAUAUUAUAUUACUAUCUUGUUAAUUUAAAAGAACAAAGAAUUUUUUUGAUUUGAAAAAUUUACAUAAAUUAAAUCAAAUUAUUAGGUAUGUGUAGUAUCAGAGAUAAAUUUAUUUUAUGAAUCGGUAAUCAUCAAAAAUAAGUAUAAAAUACUUUUAAUUAAACUUAUUUGGCUAUUGUUAUUUUUUUUGUUUUAUUUAAUAAGUAACCUACAAAUUUAGUUCAUCAUCAUAAUAAUAAUCAAACUAAUACAAUAGAGAAACCUUUAUUAAUAAAUGAAUUUGUGACUCAAUAUUUUUAUCAAAUUGUCCCAAUAAAUACCUAUGAGUUAUAAUACUUACAUAAUUAUUUUUAAACUGUUAAAAGUUUUGAUUAUGUUUAUUUAAAUAUAAUCAGUUCUAGUUUGUGAAAUUGUCCUCCACACUGAUCACUUGACUAAAACAAAUAAUGCACAAAAACAAAAAAGGAUGGUAUUUAUCAAUUAAUAUUAUCUAUAGUCUUUUUAUAUAUGUAGAACACAUUAUAAAUUGAUUUCCUGAAUAUGAAAUGAACAUAUUAAAAUGUUGUUACUAAAGAAAUUAUUUACUUUAUAAACUAUUUGAAGGUUAAAAAUAAAUGCUAAACAGUCGGUGAGGUUAAGUUAGCUAGCCUAAAGUUGGAUAAUAGAAACAUGUUAGUUUUAAAUAAAAAUAUAUUAUAAACGCAAAUUUAUUAUCAUUGUCAUCCAACAAACUAAUCAUGUAUGCAUUAAUAAGUACUGCAUUUUAAACAGCUUAAUAUAUUGCUAAAGUUUAUUUCUUUAUUUUGGCAUUAAUCCAAUAGUUAAAAUAUCUAGGAUUUUUUCUGUUAUAUAAAUUAUUUAAAAAAAUAAAAAAUAUUUUUAUAUUGCAAUUUCAUAAGUGCAGUUAUAGAAUGCAUAAUUUGACCAAUUGUUUAAUGGUUGUACAUUAGAUAAUAUUUUAUAACUUUUUCAGAACUUAUUUUACUUAUUAUAUUAGUAUCAGUCUGUAGUAGAUCCAGAGAAGGGUGAUAGUCUCCUGUUAGUUUUCCAAUACCUAUAUUCUUAUCCAAGCAUAUAACAAGUAAUUUUUUUAUUUGGGGGGGGGGCCAAACAUAAAGUGUAUUAUUAACUACUAAUAAUCUGAUUUUUUGUUGAGAAGUUUAAAUUUCAUGGGAGGGGCUUCAGAUUCUAUGAAUCCCUUUGGCUACAUAUCUGCUUUUAGCUCGAUUCAUUAUCGAGUUAUAAAUUAACGUGUAUAUUAUAUGAAUUUUCAGAAAUCCCCUCCCCCCUUAUCUUUUCUGAAUUUGUCCCGAAUAUCAGUAUUAUUUAUUUACAAAUUUAGUGUACAGUUAAAAUCAAAAAAUUUUGAAUUAAAUAUUAAAAAUGAGAUUGCUGUAUAUCAAACCUAAGCAUAAUAAUUAUGCUUGUUGGAGUUUUGUCAAAUUGUUAUAAAUUUGUAGUGAUCAUUUUGUAGCAACUAUUAAUAUCAAAUUAAUACGUUUUAUUUUAUUCCGCAUAUAAUAUGAAAAUUGAAUGCUUGGUAUAGGUGUUUUAAAAAAAUUUACAAUAGUGUAUUUUUUAUGGGAAUAACAAUAGUUCAAAAAAUAAUAUAUAUAUAUAAAUAAAUGAAACAUUUUAUUAAAAUGUAUAAUAAUAAUGGAUUAAAGUUACUUAUAAAAUUUUAUUAUCUCACAUAUUUAUUGAAUUUAUUAUUCAAAACUAAUAAAAUAGUUUAUUUUUGUAUUGGAGAUUAUAUUGGAACAUUUUUAAUUCACACUGUAAAUAAUUUAAUACUUUAAAUUUAUAUAGUAAAUUGUGAUUUGAUAUUGUGGGAAGAUGAUGUUUUGAAAUAUUCUGAGUAAUAUAAAUUUCCUACGACUUUUGUUCACUCUGUAUAUAGUUAUACAGAGUUAAAAUAAUAAACAAACUAAUUAAAAUAAACAGAGAUAAAAUAAAAUAAUACUACCACUCAAAUGUGACAUUUAAUUUGAAAAAUGUUUUAAUCGAUUAUAAUACUUAAUACUAACUUUAUUAACAAACAAUAAACCACAAUUGUACGUUAUGUAAUAUGAGUAUGUAUAUAUAAUUUGUGUGUGAUACCUUCUAAACGCUUUGUCUGUAAAAGACUUUACUGCAUAUCUCGAAUUUGACACCAUUCCAAUUUGACUUAAUCCCACUCUGCCCUGUCUAAAAAUACACAGUUAUUUAGAAUACAUCAAGCAUAGCCAAUCGUUGCAUACUUUCAGCAGGAAUAAAAAAAAAAUAGUUCUACUGUUACAGUACUAACUGCUGAUUCUCACGUUCAUUUUCUAGGGUACAACAGCCUUGGGGCCACCAUUGCGUACCCAUAGUUUGGGCAGGACUUGUUUGCCAGAGGAUGUAUUUCAAGAAUAUUUACAAGGAUUAGAGCAAGAUUCAUUUGCGUAAGUACACUAUUUGUUAUUACAUAGCUAUGUGUUUUCAAUAAAAUGCAAUAGCAGUAUGUGUAGUACCAUUAUUUCAUCUUAUGCAAUUUUUGUGCUUUUAGCCUAGGUACAUAUAAUCUUUUACAUCAUAAUUGCAAUAAUUUCUCUAAUGAAAUUAGUCAAUUUUUGUGUGGAAACGCUAUACCAAGUUAUAUUUUAGACUUGCCGAACGAGAUACUUAACACGUGUGUAUUUUUAUGCUUUAACUAUUUCUUCACUUUUCAAUAUCUUCUGAGUUCAUAAAACUAUUUUUUUUUUUUUAGUCCUUUUGGUCAACAAUUAGCACCAAUUUUAGAAUCCUUCUCUAACAGUAUCGGUGUACAUCCAGGUGUAAGAAGAUCAACUUCCGAUUUUGAAUCUCUUAACAACGAUAUUGAUUCUGCCAGGUAUAUAUAAUGUGUAAAGUUUAUUAUAACCUUAAAAAUAAUUUACUUAGUACUUUUAGUUUUUUAGUUUAACAUCAAUAUUGAUUGUUAUUUAAUUAACUACUGUAAAACUCGCUUAAGGCACUCUUCAAUGGACCCGCUCAAAAGAGUGUUUUAUGCGGUAACAAAUCAUUAAAAUAUCAAGUUAUUUAUUUAUUUUUAGUAUUAAACAGUAAUAAACUUCUACAUAAACACAUUUAUUAUUAUUUAUUCAUUAAUAGGUGUUAAACAGAUUAAUUACCUUCCCUUGGAAAGAGUUUAUUUUUGUUUGCUUCGGAUUCUGAGUGUAUUGUAGCGAGGAAGUUUUAAAUUAUUAUUAUUUACAUAUUGUACAUACUUAUUCUAAAUGUCUAGUUUGUCCGAAAUUGAUAGCGCUUGACGUUUUAUUUUACUAAAACCAGCCAUAAAAAAUUUAUAGAUAUACAUUUACUAACGAAUUGCACUAAACUAAACCACAAACACUUAUUAUAUCAUAAUACGAUAAAUAUGAUAAGUACACUACACUUAAAUGAGUUAUACAUUGUCCAAUUAUUAUUUAUAUUUCCGUCAACUGUUGAACAUCGAAGCAUCUUAUCCGAUUAUAUAUAGAAAAACCGAGCAUUUAUAUUUAUUUGGUGGUUUUUAAAUUGAUUAUUAUCUUAAGCGAGUUUUACUGUAUUUUAAAUUUGUUAUUUAGCAAUUAACAAAAUAGUGUUUUGUGUGAUUUGUGUUGUUUCAGAAAUUAAUGAUAUCAUCCACCAUUUUAGACGAUUAUCAAUGAUCACUUCCUAAAACUUCCAUUCACGAAUCAUGGUCAUAAUAUUAAUUCAAGCUGCUCUCUUCAAAUAUUAAAUGUUGCUCUCAAAUUUUUAUUUAGUUUUAAGACAAAUUAAUACAGAUUGUGUCAUUGUAUAAUAAAUUCAAAAUUUUAAUAUAAUAUUAUCAUAAUAAUAAACAGAUCAUGAUCAUAAUAUCAAUUCAAGCGGUUCUCUUCAACUGUUAAAAUAUAUUGCUCUAAUUUUUAUUUAGUUUUAAGACAAAUAAAUACGAAUUGUGUUGUUAUAUAUUUUAAACUCAACAUUUGAAUAUAAUUUCUUUAUCGAUAAAUUGAUGAUUUUUUUUUUUAAACUUUAUAUAUUUUUCAAAAAGAUUUUUUGAUGCAUUGUCAACAGUCUUAUAUAUCUAAUUUAAAAAAGUUUGAUUUUUUAAAAUAUAAACAAAAGUUGAUUAUUUAAAACAAACAAAACAUUUUUUACAGUUAAAGUCUCAUACAGGAUAUAUUUUACAAAGAACAAAUAUAAAUACAAUUAGUUAAUUUUUUCAAUUUUAAAGAGUUUUAAAUUCUAUUAGGAAAAUUUGAUUCUUUGACAAAAUUUUAGUUGGUUCUCAAGAAUUCAACAUGGUUUUUAAACAUUAAUAUUUAAAAUUGUAUUCUACAUACCGCAAAUAUACAUUAGCUAACUAGUUAUUUUUCAACUUUUGUAAUCAGUGAAACCUGUAAAAAAAAAUAAUAAAUAAAACUAAAAAUUUAAUUAAUCAUUGUAGUUUUGUUUUUGUGUGUAUUUUGAUUAUCUAAUAUCUAUUUUUUGUACCUAACAAUAUUAAGCUGCGUGGAAAAUAACCUGAAGUUCAUCAUGGAUAGGUACCUGAUUUGUUUUAAUGACAUUCUGUUUAUCAAUUGGUAGAAAACAAUCUGCAUUGUUAGAAGAAAAACGUAAUAAACUAAACGAAAAGUUAGAAAAACGAGAUAAAAGAAAGAAAAAAAAGAAGGACAAGAACAAACAUUUAGGCGACCAUUUUUGUGCAGAAUCUGGCCCCAGUUCUACCAGGUAUACACCUUUUGUGAAAAAUUUAAAAAUAAAUAUAAUUUAUAUAUGUAAUUAUGUGUACCUAAAAGAGAAAUAAUUAGGUAUUUUUUUACUUAAGAACCUAAUUUUUAAUUUGAAGACAUAGCAAUAAUCGAAGAAAAAUGUCUGAAAACGGCACAAACGUUGCGAAUGGAGUUAAUCCCGCAGUCAUUGAUGACAACGAUAUUGAAGAUUUGGAAAAGAAGGAACUCGAGUUAAAACGUAAAGCACGCGACCCACCUAUAGUUUUUUCAGACACUAUCAAUGUAAGUCAAAAAUAUACUAUUGAGUCGUCACAAAAAUUAAAUUAGUUUCAAAAUGGUGGACUUUAUUUUUAGAGAGGUACCUAGUAACAAAGUUAUAGUAAUUCAUUGAAAUCAAGAUAACAAAUUGUUUUGGAGCAUUGAUUUUUCUGUGUGCAUUCUUUUUUUAAAUUGUUGAUUUUUGUAUAAUUAUGUAAACAACUUUUCUACCAAAAAUUUUGGUUUAAUCGAACAUUUACAGAAACCUUUUUUAUUGAAUGUUGGAUUUAGUUGGUGCAUUGGGGAGGGCACUUUUUGCUUUUCCUUGUAGUUUUCAAAAUAAUUGGGGAAGGUUAUGGAAAUAACAGUUAUAUUAUAAUCGUUUCUUUAGACAAAUGUUUGAAAUUAAUUGAAAAUAAAUUUGGAGACUUGAAAUUUAUACGGAAUAAUCAUAUUGGCCUUUUUUAGGAUUCUAUAUUGAGUGUGAAAAAGUCAUUGGAUAUCAUAAAUUAAGUGUUAUAUAAAAUCAUACAUUAUAAAUGUUAUUUCUCAUAAAAAUAAUGUUGUACAAAUUAUUUCUUAUACUAAAUACAAAUCUUAUUAUAAAUUAUAUAAUACAUAUGUAUAUUGUAGGCCAUAUGGAAAAUUAGUCAGCGAAAAGUCUAGGCUUAUUGCAUAUAGACUAAUAGCAGUUAGGCCUUUUAAGAACUACAUUAAUUUUAAUACAGUAAUAACUAUUUUACUUAUUUUAUUUAAGGGUAAUUUAUUACUUUUACAAAAAAAAAAAGAUCAAUAGAAUUAUUAUAACAUGUAAGGACCUAGUCUUUUUGCAAAAAGACUAAUUUUUCAUAUGGCCUAUGACAUGUAUGUAUCUAGAUACAAAAUUUAGUUAACUAUAAUUUAUGAAUCCUGAAUUAAAAUAUAAUGAAAAUGUAAUUAUUGUAAAAAUGUUUAAAAUUGUAAAUUUAAAGCGAGAGCUUUAUGCAAUUUUUCGAUUUCAUACCUAAGGUGGUUCUGUUUUAAUCUGUUACAUAUAUUUUAUAGUCUGCUAUGUAUUAUUAUGGCUGUUCAUUUUUUUUCGAAAAGAACUUUGUUAAUGUUUAUUAUUAGGCAUUAUGUGUUAACUUCUGAACACUACUAUUUUUGAAUUCCACAGAUAUUUUGGUAAAGACCUUGUUAUACAGUAUAAUUUUUAAUUACUUUCCUUACUGGUAUAACUAAAAAUAAUAGCAUAGAUAAAUAUUUAGUUAGUCUCGUAUAACUAUAGGUAUAUACACCGAUACGCUGACAAAUAAUAUUUAAACAAUUAAUGGACAAGAAUAAUAAUAAAUUAUUUAUUUUGGUAGGUAUUAAAAAAAAAAUCGUUUGUCUUACUAAAGCGUAAUAAUCAAACACGUGACUUUUGUGCAACUUAAAUUUAUGACACUUGACUAUCGAACAAAUGACAUAUUGUCAUAACACAUUUUACUCAUUGACCAAUUUUUAAAACAUUCUGUACAAUUUUGAGCUAUUUACAGGUAUUUGAUAUUUACGAGUUAUUUAAAUUUAUAUUCGGUUUUAUACGGAUUAAUAAAUUGUUUGGCCGAAAAGAAAUUUUUGCAAAUUUAAUAAGAGAUUUAUUAUAAGUUGUAUUUAGCGGUAAAAAAAUAAACAAAUUUGAGUAAAUGCAUUAGUAUUUUUUUCAUAAGCGCUUAAGAUCAAAUUAUGACGAAAAUCUUAAAAAUUACAUCAUUUCAAAAUAUCGAACUUUGUUCUGAAUUGUAUUUCGUUAGCGAUAGCUUAUGAUUCAUCCUUGUGUACAGAUGUGUAUUAAAUAUUUCUAUGUAUCUUAUCUUCCCAACGUUUUAAUCUACAACUGCGGUACGCCGCACACCCAUUACCAGUAUCAACUCUUUUAUUGUCUGUAUUUUAUAAAUAAGUACAGAUAGGUACCUACUAUCACUCUGUAUAGGGUUCAGUGCCUAACAUAAACACUAACAUAUAUUCGUGUAGCUAUGUAUUCUACCGAGGAAGACUAUAUUCAUAGGCCGCCGUUUUAAUCGGGGUGGCAAACCAAUACGCUAUACGCUACCCUAUGGGUAAUUUGUAAUAAAUGUUUAAUUUUUUCAUAAUAUGAACACAUUUAUAGUAUCGGCUAUAUUGAAUUUGAACGUAUAUAAGAUCAUUCAAUUGAUUUCUAUAUUAACUUGAUAUGUUUCUGCAUGAUUCUGAUGAGACAUUGACUUAUCAAUACCCCAUUUCAUUAAACCACAACUGAAUUAAAACUAUUAUUCAAGAUUCUCGUUACCCCGUGAUUUUACUUCAAACGGCACCUGUGACUGUAUAAUAGUGAAUUUAAUUUCAAGCCGUCGCAUAUUACAGCUAGGCACCAAACAAAAUUUCAUUGUAGGUACACAUUGGACCUGUCUCCCUUUUUGAAAUAUUUAUUUCGAUAAAACCAGAAUAAAAUACAAAAUUUAAGGUUGAACAAUUUCCCUGUUCUCAAACGCGAUUUUUAAUUAUUCUGUUACGCAGUGUUGUACAUUUAUUUACAUUAGAGGUGUGUGUAUGUGUGUAUAAUCAUGGUGUAUUUUAGUAUGCUGUUUGUACCUAUAGAUACAAAACGAAUUGGAACGAUUGGUCGGUCUAAUUGACGGCCGCAUAAAUCCGGACGAUAUGCAAUAUGUUGCCGAACUCGAUCAAUAUAUGUUGGAGAACGAGGGUUCUUGGGCUCUGGGCGAAGGUUUUCUAUCGUUUGUCGGUCAGUGUUAAUGAAAGUGUGAUCACUUGUUAUAGCCUUUUUUUUUUUUUUAUUCCUUCGUAUCACUUGCAGGCAGAUUAUUGAAUGACGGUCAAUUGGUUUCGGAAGUGCGCGAGACGAUUUUAAACAUUUUAGCCGCGGCCGCACUUAAAGAUGACAUUAUUUUGGUAUUGCACCAGGACAGACGGGAGCACAUACUUAUGAAUUACGCCAAUGGGUUUGACAAACUUCCGCUACUUGAGCAACUGGCUCUUACGUUGUUUGUAUGUAUCAAUCAUUGUUGUUUAUUAAACCGUGAAGUAUUAUAUCGUGUAAAAUGUCUUUAACCGUGUUUCAGAUGUGUAAUUUGUUCGAGAAUAAUAGCACUUCCGAAUGGCUUUUGUACAUAUCCGAAUGGCAGCUAGGAUCCAGUUUAGUGAGCAACAUCCGGGUGACGACCAAAGUGGCCGUGAAUUCAUUGCUGUCCGAAGACAAGGUGCUGCAAGAUCGGGGCACAGCUCUGGUACAUAACUUGGCCUGCAAGGAGGUAAAAACUGUGGUCUGUAUUGCUUUAGUAUUUUCAUAACAUAAGUAUACCUAUUAUCCAGUGGUGUAGUCCUAAAAAAAGCCUUGGGUACACGCUAUUUAUAAGUAAAAAAAUGUGAUCGGGGUAAAUUUUCUACCCCUGCCCCCCCCCCAAAAAAAAAACAUUUUUAGAUUCACGGAUAUAAAUUUAUGUUAGUUGCCACAGCCUUACAAGUAUUCUCAAUCGUAGAUAGAUCGUUAAAUAUCAGAUAUAUUACGCGUAAUAUAAUUGAGCGCUUACCUACCCACAUAAUAUUGGGCAGGCAGGUAACAGCGGGCAAUGAAAUACCUAUCGCUUGCAUCAAAACUUUCAAGUCGAAUUCGCGUUUCGGAUUUGGGACCUUUACAGAGUCGACGAAGGCAGGAACUGCAUCGUUCUCCGGCGGGACAUUUUCGUGAUUUUCCGGUGGUGCAAAAUUAUGAACUGGGCGUUCAUCACAUUUCACAAUUUUGAUGCCCAAAUGAUAUCCAAGCGCUUUACGGUGCGCAAAAAAAAAAAAAAAGACGAAAAAAGAACAACAGUUGACGGGUAAUUGAUUUACGCCCACUGCGCAUGCGUCUAUCCGUGUAUCGCGCAUUGUACAAAACGUAUGCACACAAAAACCAAAACGUCGAGCAGCGGUUAUACCGGGUGUAUACCCUCGACUACACCACUGUACAGUAGCACUAUAUAAUAUAUACAUAGACAUUGCAUUGCAUAUUAUAUGAAAUACGCCAUACACAAAUGGAAAAAAAAAUAAAUAAUAAUUGUACACACACGCGGGACCACGUAUCAUUAUUAGGCGCCCCCUUUUUUUUUUUUUUUUUUCGCGGUCGUACGUUUUAGCGGUGUUUAGCGCUGGCGUGCACCCGGUCGAUUCUGUGGAAUGACGUGUGCACGUUCUUCCCUGUGUCGUUUAACUGUUUUCAGAAAAUGUUAAAAAACCAAAACAUUCGGCGACUGUUACCCGCGGGAUCGUUUUCCAAGGUAGAAUUAAUAUAAUAAUAUAUUCCAAUAUAACGUGUACGUGGUAUUGUGUAAAUGUGCUAAAAGUUCUCUACUAUUAUUUUUGUUUUCUUAUUUUGUAUCUACUCGCCAUUUUUGCCUAUGCUUACUAGCGUAGUGACGUAUGAAUAAUUACGGUAAACAUGUAUCGACGGGAUGUAAAACAAAUGGUGCACGUAACUCUAGUGCGUUCAAUAGCAGAAUAUUUUAUCAAUUUCAUGGUUAUUGUUUGUAAAAGUAUUGGUUAACAUAAUACACGCAGAUUUUUACAUGUUUUUGAACUAACCGGUUUUAAUAUUUCAUAUUAACAUACUUUGUAGUCUGUUGGACAUACAGUGAAAUAUUACCAACAUUUUUGAUGUGUAUGGAUAGUCGUAGUUGAUUAACAUAAUUAAUUUUUUUUCAUUUGUUUGUUUCAUAAGAGUUAUUAACACACACAUGUUAGAUUUUAUUUAUUUCAAUUAGAUAAUUAAUAAUUUUUAAUUUUCACUAUACUUAAUAUAUUUAAUAAAUUAUUGCACAAUUAAAUACAAUUUGUUUGCUAUAAUUGGGUGCCUACCUAAUACAUUUGUUGUUAUUAAAAAGUAAUUGUAAAAUAUUAGAAUAUUAUUGUUCUUAAGUGUCAUUUGUGGUACCUACACCUUUUGGAUGUAAACUACCUAUACAGUCGUGUCUUAUUCAAUCUUUGCUACUUUUAGUUAUUACAUUAUUAUUUUUAAGUCCUGUAAAUUAGUGCAACAAAUGGCUACGGCAACUUACAGAAAAAGGAAAACUGUCAACAGAUGAUCUUAUUAUAACAAAAAACUAUAGACCGUUGUUGCACUAACUCCCCCGAAAAUGUUUGUAUUUCUUUUUACAUUUCGUGAAAGAAAAAAUUAAAUAGUUAUUAAACUUGCUUUUUUUUUUUUUUAACUAUUACGUUCAAAUUUUAUUAUGGUUUAAUAUUUUUUUAUAGGUAUUUGACGAUGUAGUCGUGGAACUCGCCAUGGCCGUUCUACAGUAUUUCAACAGCAAGCCUAACGAAGAGCAUAGUUUUAGAUGUAUGAAAUCGUUGGCUAGAUUUUGUCAAAUAUCUAGACAAGACGUCCCACAGCUGAUACAAAUGAUUGGGCCUCCGCCAUCUGCUUUCAAAGGUGUAUCAAAUAGAGUCGACGAACAGAUUAACGAAAUACAAAAUUAUUUACAAUGAUUAUUAUAAAAUUUGAAAAAAAAAAAUAUAUAAUUUUUACUCUUAUAUAACAUGAUAUAUUUUUAUACGGAUUGUUCACAUUAACUUGACAUAUUUAUCAGUCAUAUUUUUUGCAUUUCAACAACUUAAUAUAUUUUUAAUUGUCUUUGUGUUUUAAAAAUAAAUAUUAUUUUAACUACUUUUUAUAGUUAGUUUAUUUUACAAAAUAUCUUAUCAAAUAUAUUAUAUGUUAUACUUUUUUUUUUUUUUUUUAUAAGAAUGUACUUAAAAACCUCAUAAAAUAUUGUACCUUUUAGUCAGUUUACUUUAAUAGGCUCAACAAAAUAUUAUUGACAUUGCAUAAUAUCUAUUUAUAAGCAUCUACAAGAGUAUGCGAUAAGGUAUGACUGUGAGCUAUUAAAUCUGUAAUAAUCUAUAAUAUGAAAAAUAUUAAACAAUUUGUUUGAUUAGAAAUAUUUGCAUUAUA